UGCCGAUUGUGACCGGAGGUGUUUCAAUCGCGUGCUUCUUGAAAAAGUGGCAAAUAACCCCACAAAACCAGCAAAAUGGUGAAAGUUAAGUGUUCCGAGCUUCGCACGAAGGACAAGAAGGAGCUGACCAAGCAGCUGGAGGACCUGAAGAAGGAGCUGCUGAAUCUGCGUGUGGCUAAAGUCACCGGCGGUGCACCGUCGAAGCUGUCGAAGAUCCGUGUCGUCCGCAAGGCGAUCGCCCGCGUGUACAUUGUGAUGAACACGAAGACGAAGGAGAACCUCCGUAAGCUGUACAAGGGCAAGAAGUACGUGCCGCUGGAUCUGCGUCCGAAGAAAACCCGUGCUAUGCGUAAGGCCCUGUCUUACCGCGAUGCCAAGAGAUUGACGCUGAAGCAGCAGCGUAAACGCGCGAAGUUCCCCCGCCGCCGAUACGCCGUCAAGGCUUAA